AAGAGAGUUGUGAAGAGUUAUGAAAUAAAUAUUUGGUGUUGUUCAUAAACUCGACAAUUUUAUUCUAUUGUAUUGAUAUUGUUCGAAACAAAUAACGAGAUUACAAAAAAGAUUUCCAGCUAAUAAUUUUAAUAACAUGUAAAUCCAAAAAGACAUUUGUGACAUGUGUUUGCUUUCUCAACACAAAAGAAGAAAAAAUCAAAUAAAAAUAAAAGAAAGGAAGCUUAUUUAAUUUUGCACGAUCAAAAUUAUCUUUCAAUUCUGCGCGUUCUUUUUAAAGAGUGACGGACUAUUUAAUUUAAAUUUUUCGCAACCGUUAUUAAAUUACUUUAACGACUUCUCAUCAAGAUUAAUCGGUAAACUUCAGCUAAUUCACUCAUACCCAAUAAAAAGUUACGAAAACACUAAAUUGCAUACAGCCAAGAGUAACCCAAAGUCAUUCAAACGUUUUGCAGCAAACAAACUUGAAAAUUGUAAUGAAAUAAUCUAAUUCAAAAUGCAAACAAAAAUAAAAUAGCUUUGACAGUGUUUCUCAAAUGGAUCAUAGCUGGUUUCCUAGCAACAGUUGUCAAAUUGACCAAACGUGGUUACUUGAAGAAAGUAAUAAGUUUUUAUCUAUGCACAAGACACUGAAUAUGAUGCAGGAUAGUUUACUGAAAAUUGAAAAACUUAUAGACAUUUUUAGUGACUACAGGAAUGAAAUAGAGCAGUGGAUUUUAUCAAACACAUGCAAACCUUCAGAAUGUCAACAGACAUCUUUGGGUCUUAAUGGGAUUAUAUUGAUGAAAAAAAAAGUUUUGGACAUUUUUUUUUUUUUAAAGUAUGCUACAAGUAUGGCUAACGCAACAAAUUCACACUCAGAUAAAACGUUUAAUGUUUAUGAAGAUAGUGAUUUAAAAGAUAAUAAUCUCGUGGAAGUGCAAGUUGAGUCUGCCUGGAAACUAUUGCUCUCGCUUAUAUUUCUUUGUUUAGAAGAACGCCACUUGAGUAAAGAGGAGUUUCUUAAAAGCAUUUUGGGUACUUUAAAGAAUACUGUUUCUGCAAAAGAAGAGAAGUUUUUGAACUUAUCAAUACCUAGUAGCGAUUCUUUAAAGAAAUGCGACAUUGAAGCUAACGUCAAAGCUUUAGCUGAUAAAAUAAAAAAUUUGAUCGAUGAAGUUAGCAUCAAUUUUUUGGAAAAUGCUGGUGAACUUUCCAUAGUAUCAGAUUUGAUGCCAAAAGAAUAUUGCUUUUUGAAAAACGCAUUUGAAACAGAUCAAUCCACAUUAGCACAAACAAACUCAACAAGCGUUUUUCAAAAUGAAAUGCAACCCAAGAAAAAUACACUUUUUAUUCAAGAUUUUUUAUCCAAUCAAGUAAAAAACAAUAUAACAAUAUUUCGUAAGUUGACUGAAACUCUGGAAAAUGAAAUUGAUUAUGCUUAUAAGACAGUAAUUAAAGUAUCCAAUGAAAAUGUAGAUUUAAAGGAACUUUUAAAAGAACGCGACGAGCAGCUCAACGUCUCCUCGACUCAAAUUCUUAUAUUAACGCACGAAAGAGAUUCAAUAAACAAAAAGUUUGCACAGGUUGAAAAUCAACACAAAAUAACUCUUGAGGAGCUAAACAUGUUGCACAACCGUUUUAAGUCUGUUUCUAGUGAUCGGCAAUCUCUUUUAGAGGAUAACCUUAAACUGAAAGGAAGAAAAAAUGAAGAAAAUAACUUUUACAACAGUUUAGAUGAAGAAAAUAUUAAGUUACAAAACAUGCUUAAAAAAAUUCAAAUCGAGUUACACGAGGCUUAUAACAAUCUCUACGAUCAAACAGAAAAAACAAGUUCUUUAUCAAAAGAAUUAAGUAACCUUGAAAAUAAACACGAGUCUCUUCAACUCGAAAUGACAACUUUGAGAAAUGAGUUUCAAAAUCAAAGACAAGAAACAAAAAUGAGAAUAAAAGAAAACGAAGAAAUGAAAAUUGUAUUACAAUGUAAAGAACACGAGCAAAUAACUUUAAGAAAAACUGUUCAAUCAAACGAGCUUCUUAAAAUGGAUUUUGAAGAUCAAAUCUUUCAACAUAUGUACGAAAAUCAAAAACUUAGAAGAGACCUAAUGGCAAUAAAACAACAAGAAAAUCACUUGAAAGAAGAUUUGAAUAAAUGCCUCGAAAAAAUUGAGUGCAUAACUCACGAGAAACUACAUUUUAAAGGACGUGUAGAGCUCUUAGAAGAACAACUUGAAAGUUUACAAAUACUACAUGGUAAAACAAUUACAAAAAACAAUGAGUCUGAAAAUAUAGUUAAAUGUAUGAUUUUUAAUUUUAAAACAUUAUUUUAUAUGUAUUCAAAAAAUCAAAAAAAAAUAUUUAAACUUUUAAAAGCAAACGGAAAAGAGAGCGAUCCGUUACUGGAAAUUGAUAAUAAUUUAUUUGGUUUAUUGUCGGAAAAUAUCGACGUUAAACCAGAACAACUGACAAACUUUUUAACAUCGACUACACAUAAGUUUGAGCUUUAUUUUGAUACAACGUUGCAACAUAUUGUUAAAAGCGAUAAUGAGAGGAAGACUUAUAUAAAUUUUGUAAGUCAUUUAGCAAAAAUACUUAAUUGCAAAGAAGAGAUUCUGCUUAAUGUUAACAAAGGAGAAGUGCCAAAGUAUCAGUUUUCUCAUCAAGAUGAAUCCGUAGUUGGUAGAAAAAAGAGCGUAUGUUUUGAUUUGCAUUCUGAGUCGCUAAAUAUUGUUAAAAACCUCAAUAAACUUUUGGUUAAAGUUGAAAAUGUAAAAAAUAGUAAUUGUUCAAAGAAAAAACUAAGUAAAAUAUUUGGAGUUAUUAAAAUGCUCAGUAAAAAGGUUUACAAAUAUAAAACAUCAGCAAUAACUCUUAAAAAGAAACUUAACAGGUUUCAUAAAGAUUUUUUGCUGUUGUUAAAAGUUAGUGAUCUAAGUUUGAUCAAACCUCUGAUUACUGCAUUAAUACAUGAAACAUCAGAUCGUAAAAAAGAUUGCUUCAAUACCGGUAUUCUUAGUCAUUCGUCUGUAUUCUUUAAAUAUGUCAAUGAGUUGAAAACUGUAUUGUGUAAGCUAAUUGUUGCAUGUGACAUUGCAAUUAGGAAACGAAAUAAUGAAAUCGAGAUUAGCUCGAAUACCGAUAAAGAGGUUUAUCCAGAACUUUUAUUUGAUGAAAUUAAUGUUAUUGAAAAGUCUAUAGAAAAACUAUACUCUCUCACUAACCACCAUAAACGUAUUUCUGAGUUUCAAUCAACAAAUAAUUUAAGUGAACAAAUGUUAAGCAAUGUCGAUAAAGAAAGUGAAAGUCAUUCAACAACGCUGGUUUUUAAAAAACAUACACAUAUAGUUAACAGUAAUGACGUGCAAUCAAAGGAGCAUCUUUUAAAAACUUCUAAAAGCAACACAGAAUAUGAUUUAAAAAAUAUAUACUCUCAAUUACCGAUUUAUCGAGUAGCCCCAAAAGAUAUGUGUUCAGAAUUACACCCAGGUUUUACAAAACUGAAAUGCAUUAUUGAAGAAAAAUCGUACCCUUGGCAUAUUAAUAGCAUAUUACAAACAUUAGAAGAUCUUUCGCUAACGCUCUACGGUUUAGAGAAUGAACUGUUUUUAACAGAUGACGAUAAAAGCUACUUUAAAAAACAUUUCAAAAAAGUUCAAGUUUGUAUAAGCGAAGCUAGGUAUGAGCUGCUUUUUUUACGUCAACAUUUUGAUGAAAUGGAAAAAGGUGGCUUCGCAACUCUACAAGAAACUUAUUUAAAAAGGACUUUAAAUCAACUAGAUAAUCUCAUAAUACAAGAAAACAACCCGGAUACAAAUGUCGUAGGAUUUUACAUUUAUGACGGCAAAGAUCAGCCAUAUAAAAACGACGUUCUAAACACGGCAUAUGACCCUAUCAUAUCUAACAACUAUAAAGAUAUAGACGUUUCAUUAAAACGUUCAUGUAAUGGCCACUUGCUAAAAUGUUCUGACGAGUCAACAAACCACAUUGACCUUGAUCCCAUAACUGACUGUGACAGCGGAAUCUCUCAUUCUAAUAACGGCUCACAGGCAACCACUUCACGCGUUGCAAGAACAAUUCGAACACAAGAGGCAACUGAAAUAAUCAAGUCUGUAAAUCGGCCAACAAGAUAUUUUGAUGAAACUCGAAUCCAUUCUCCUUUGCGUUCACCAAGAUCAGAUAAAAAUAAAAAUGUUAAUAAUUUUGAACCUUUCGUGAACAACCAUAAACAAAAUGAAGAGUUAGUUAACUCUGCAAGUAUAUCUCCUAGAGUUUCAAGAACUCAGACUUUACCUGCUGAACAUAAUACCAACAUUGGUGAAAAAAAAUGUUACGAAAUGCAAAGAAUUAGAGGUCGCAGGGAAAUUAUGCUUGAGAUAAAUAAAAACGAUAAAAAGUUAAAUAAAGAACAAAAAAAUGAAAAGAUGUUAAACGAAAGCAAACUUUUAGAAAAUAAUCGGGAACAAAAAUACCCAUUUUGGAAUAAAAAACUUCAAGGGGGAAGUUUUAUAGUAAAAGGUAGUUCGAAGCAAGAAGUUCGCGAAACUUCUUAUACUUUCCCUAAACGUUCCGUCAAAAAUAGUAACGUUACUAACUUCGUCAAUACAGAUACUUUUUUUGAUAAUUUUUCAGAAGAUGAACAGGUGUCACCGUUUCUUAAUAAUUUUUAUGUGGCUAAAAAGAAAAAAAAUAAGUUUUUAAACUUUUAUCGUAAGUAAUAAAAUAAAGUUUAUAGUACUGGGUAAAAAAAAAAGUUAAACAAAUGUUUCGCAGUGAGUGUAAAACAACUGAUGUUUUAUGUAAUUCAAGUACCAUGAAAAUAUUUUAGUUUACCAAAAUAAAUUAAAAUUAACAUUGUGCAAAAGAAAAUAGUUUUUAUUACUUUAUUUAACUCCUUUCUGUUUCAUUACAAAAAAAAAGAUUUUUUUUUUUGUAAUGAAACAGAAAAAUUUUUGUAAUGAAACAGAAAGAUUUCUCUUGCUAAAAUUUGACAUUAGUUUUAGUUCCUUAUUUAUAAGAAUGCACGGUAUCCAUUUUAAUUGAAAGUAUUCAGUGUAGGUAAUUUUUUAUUUUUCAUAAUAAAUAAAAGUAUUGCUUUACAGCAUUUUAUCACUUUAUU